AUGGGCAAUGUCGCCAGUCGCCUCGACGAUGCCGGAAAUUUGUUCUUCAAGGACCAGAAUAGAUUCUCGAUCGCAUCGGUCACCAUCAGCAACUCCCGACGCCCUCUGUUAACCCUCUCCCCGAACGCGUUCCCUGCGGUCAGGUAUAUAGCGAAGCGAGAUGCAAGCGACGACACCCCUAUUGAAUAUAUUCAGGACCCCGAUGUCCCUCCGUCUGCUGCGAUCCCGACCUUCUUGCUCCGUCUUUCAAACGAUGAGGAACUCAUCUUUAAUUUCACCUUCGUCCUCCGCCAAACAGCGACCGGUAAUCUCGCGGGAUCCACCGUCAAUGGCGUUGCGACCUCGCUCCCUGAGGUAGCCAACACCAACCUCACUGGGCUCACCUUCGCCCACGCGUCAAACUCCAAGGAACUUGACAACCUAAUUACGCGGGAAUUUCACGCAAACCCGAACCUUCAAAACAAUUCCAAUGUCCAACUGAUUGGUGAUUACUCGACCGAUGGUAGCCCCUCCGUCUCGUUCGACUGGUCCUGGAGAUGGAAGCCUCCCAAGACGACGGAGGAUAAAGGUGGCGGCUGGCGGAACAGCUGCAGCUUUUUGGACUACGAUUCAAGAACCAACCGCCUCAAUACCCUCGCACAUUUCUCCUUCUGGGUACAUAACUCCAUUCGGUCCCUACCUAGUCCGCUGAUAAUGUCGCCGAACCUCGAGUUGCCCGUUCCCUUUCCCCGCCGUCGCAUUCCUUCCACCCAGUCGGUCAUUUCACAGGCCAGUGAUAGCGAAAAUUUCUCGAACCCCAACCUCCCUUCCAUCACCCCGCCUGAAUCGUCGGAGGGCAUACCGCCGCCUCCAACUGCGCCCCCACCCCCACCUCCCGUUAAAGUCGACCUUGCUUCUCGCGCCGGAGAAGAUAUGAACGUGGAAGAUGGGCCCCUGUUCCGAGCUACAAUGAAGGCGUUGGAACAGAAGACAGGAAAUAUGCGUACAAAAAUAAAGAAGGUCUUGAAAAAGGCAGAGGCUGCGCAGUCCGCACAAACGACUUUCAACGAAGCCAUGGAGGGUUUCCUGGGCUCCUUGAACGAGGCAUCGACAUCCAAUGCCAACGCCAUUCAACCUGCUUUAGACCACUAUUUUGAAAAGAUCGCCCGUCAGAUUCAAAAUUAUGAACAGUUGAACGCUCUUCAACUGCAAAAGCUCGUCAUCGAGCCUCUUGUCAAGCUAUACACUAACGAUAUCAAGCAAGCGGAAGCGAAGAAGAAAGAUUUUGAUGAAGAGAGUCGUGAUUAUUAUGCCUACGUCAGUCGGUACCUCGGCCAGCGACAGGAUUCGCUCAAGGAGAAAAAGCGCGCAGAGAGUGACUCAAAAUAUCAAGCCAAACGUCGAAACUAUGAAUUAAGACGCUUCGACUAUUCUGCCUUCAUGCAAGAUCUUCACGGAGGUCGCAAGGAACAAGAAGUCUUGUCGCAUCUGACUAAAUAUGCAGACUUUCAAGCUAAGAAUUUCUUGGCGGCUGCCAAUAAGAUUGAAAAAAUGGUUCCCCAACUGGACUCUCUAGUUCACGAGGUCAAUAGGGCGGAUAAGGAGUUCCAGUUCAAGCGGACUGAGCGCGAGGAGUUUCGCAGAGCUCUUGAAAAGAACAGUAACCCUUACCUUGAGCCCGAUGCCAUCGCAGGUCCGUCACACGUGGCCGCUACAUUUACCACAGCCGCCAACGGGGCUGCUUCGAAUGAAACUGAGCUUGGCCGAGCUGAUAGCACUGGCUCUCAACUCCGGGGGGCUGCUGGCACAUCUGCUCCUACUGGUAGCGCUGGAUCUGCCGGCGGAUCUGGUCAAAAUCGGUUCAAGGGCAUUCGCGAUCUGGAGGAGCCUGCUGCUACUGGGAUCGAUCGCAGUGUCGGCCAGCAGCGAAAAGAAGGGUUGCUGUGGGCGCUUUCCCGUCCUGGAUCACACAUGGAUCCGAAGGGUAUCAACAAGCAGGCCUGGCACAAAUUCUGGAUUGUCUUGGAUCAAGGCAAACUCUCGGAAUACAGCAACUGGAAGCAAAAAUUGGAUCUGCACAUGGAGCCCAUCGACCUUCGAAUGGCAUCGGUUCGGGAAGCUCGUAAUGCCGAGCGACGUUUCUGCUUUGAAGUGAUCACUCCCCAAUUCAAGCGCAUCUAUCAAGCCACAUCGGAAGAAGAUAUGGCGACUUGGAUUCGAUCCAUCAAUAACGCGCUCCAAAGCGCCGUUGAAGGACAAGGUAUGCCGGCGCCUCCUCCGUCCUCAUCGGAGAAGUCUUCUGCUGGCCGUGAUAUCGGUUCGGUUCUUACCGGGAAAAGCUCGUCGGUGUCUGGUCAUCACUCCUACUCAAAUAGCUCUAGCAGUGCCAGCGCCGGUGGUGUCACCCGCCGUACAACAGUCGGAGCAAGGCCGAGCUAUGUUCGCCAUGACAGUAACAGCUACGAAGAGAACCCGGCACGACUGCUCCAAACGGUACGCGACGCCGACGAGGGAAAUAAAUGGUGUGCGGAUUGUGGAUCCUCCUCCAAGGUCGAAUGGGUGUCAAUCAACCUGGGAAUUGUACUAUGCAUCGAAUGCAGUGGUAUUCACCGAUCUCUCGGCACACACAUUUCCAAGAUCCGAUCUCUAACACUAGACGUCCACUCCUUCUCGAACGACAUCGUCGAAAUCCUCCUCCAAAUCGGCAAUCGCGUCAGUAACAUGAUCUGGGAAGCAACACUCGACCAAUCGCUCAAACCAAUCGCAAGUUCCACCCGCGAGCAACGCCUGAAAUUCAUCACGGCGAAAUAUGUCGACCGAGCAUACGUCGAGGGCGUCCCAUCCCCGCGUUCCCGUUUCGCAACACCAGACGAGACCCUCCUCGCCUCGGUCAAGAAAAACGAUAUCCAGGGCGUCCUUUAUGGAAUUGCCUUACGCGGUAAUGUCAACGUACCCGAUCGUUCACGCAGUACGCCGGCUAUAUUCCUCGCACUGGCUGCUACAGACCCCGCCACACCGGGAUCAACACCUACCCCUACCCCUACGACCCUCUCCGCCCGGCCCAGCGCAAAGGCAAUCCCCUUCCCCAUGGCCGAACUGCUGGUUCAGAACGGCGCGGAGAUUCCUCCCCAACCACCAUCAAUCCCUCUAUCCCCGGCAGCACAGCUGUACCUCAGUCAGCGCGUUGCGCGAAAUCCGGGGUUCAGCGCCGCCGCCGCUCCUCCCCCCGUUCCUGGGAAGUCUUUGUCUACCAAUAACAAUAACCCUAACGAUACCCUCGGCUCGCUGCCUACCAUUCGCUCCGCUAGUAAGGAUAGUUCUUCUUCUUCUGUUGCUUCGCAGGCUCCUGGUUCUGGACCGGGCUCGGGAUCGGGAUCGGGCUUUGCGGAGAAGGAGAAGGAGAAGUUGUCUAAGCGUGGAAGUGCUGGUGCUAGAUUUGCGGGGAAGGUCGCUUCUCUUGGAAUUGAUCGAUAG